CUUCAAUCGAUGGGUUUCAUUUUCUGCGUGGCUCACACGUUGAAAAUGAAUGCAGGUUCGGUAUAGGUAGAUACGGUAGAUAAUUUGAGAGACCGUAUGUGAAAUCUAAUUAGCAUUAAACCCUUUUGUAAACAAAGUAAAUUAUUUCUUAAUUUCGCUGUUAAUUGAAGAUUAAUGAGAGAUUAGUGUUGAAGAGAGAGAAAGGCGAAAGAAGAAGAAGAAGAAGAAACAGACGCGAAAGUUCCUGCACUUGUUCAGAUUUCCAGUCCUGAGAGAGAAAAGCGAGUGAAAUCGGAGAGAAAUUAGUACAUCGCUCUCUCUCUCUCUAAAACCCUGUUUCCCCCCUCUUUUUUGGUUUCUCUGAGGAUUCAGGAGGAAGAAGUACAAAACUUGAGCGAGAAGGAGAGAGAAAGUUGCUUCUUUUUCGUCUUCUGCCGCUUGAUCUGACAUUGUUGACUACUCCUGGUCUCGGAAUCAGCUUCUUGCUGAAAAGGGUUUCUGUUAGUUCGUCCUAUCAUCGCGAAAACAGAGGCUGUGGUUCUGGGUUUGUCUCCUGAUUUGCUGUUUCCUCCGGCCAAUCUGGUUUCUUACCACUUGUUUGGUUGCGCCGUAACGGACAAUUGCUGAACAUAAAGAGCACCGUUGAAAUCCUUGGUGAGGAAGAGUCCUUGUAAUAAGUGAUGGCUAUACUACAGAUCUUGUUCAAGAAAGUAUUGGGUUUCUGUUAAUGUUCAUAUUGCAUUGCCCUUGAGUUGAAAGUUUGGGAAAUGGCAAGAGGUAGGAGGAGGUCGAAGCUAAGGCUGAGCCAUCUUUACACUUUUGGAUGUCUUAGGCCGAGCGCCGUUGAGGGUGAAGAACCUCAUCCUUUACAAGGUCCGGGGUUCAGCCGAGUGGUGAAUUGCAAUCAGCCUAAUCUGCAUAAGAAGAAACCUUUAAGAUAUCGUUCUAAUUAUGUCUCCACGACGAGGUAUAAUUUGAUCACUUUCUUUCCAAAGUCCCUUUAUGAGCAAUUCCACCGAGCUGCCAAUUUCUACUUCCUGGUAGCUGCCAUUCUCUCGGUGUUUCCUCUCUCGCCCUUCAACAAAUGGAGCAUGAUUGCCCCUUUGGUGUUCGUUGUGGGGCUUAGUAUGUUAAAGGAGGCUUUGGAAGAUUGGCGUAGGUUUAUGCAAGAUGUGAAGAUAAAUGCACGUAAAGUGAAUGUUCAUAAAGGCGAUGGUGUUUUUCGUCGUAGAAAGUGGAAGAAGGUUAGGGUUGGUGACAUUGUGAAAGUGGAGAAGGAUGAGUUCUUCCCCGCCGAUUUGCUUCUAUUGUCAUCGAGUUACGAGGACGGGAUUUGCUACGUUGAGACUAUGAACUUGGAUGGCGAGACAAACCUGAAAGUGAAAAGGUCGUUGGAAGUAACCUUGCCUCAAGAUGACGAUGAAUCUUUCAAGAAUUUCAGGGCAACGAUAAGAUGUGAAGAUCCAAACCCCAAUCUCUACACCUUUGUCGGUAACCUAGAAUAUGAACGGCAGAUCUUUUCUCUGGAUCCGAUUCAGAUUCUCUUAAGAGAUUCAAAGCUUAGGAAUACAGCCUAUGUUUAUGGAGUUGUGGUAUUCACAGGUCAUGAUACUAAAGUCAUGCAGAAUUCAACGAGGUCACCUUCGAAAAGGAGCAGAAUCGAGAGGACAAUGGACUAUAUCAUCUACACUCUUCUUGUCCUACUCAUUCUGAUCUCUUGUGUCAGUUCAUCGGGAUUUGCUUGGGAGACAAAAUUUCACAUGUCAAACUGGUGGUAUUUACGUCCUGAUGAGCCGGAGAACUUAACCAAUCCAAGCAAUCCUAUUUACGCUGGCGUUGUCCAUCUGAUCACUGCCCUUCUGCUUUACGGAUAUUUGAUACCCAUCUCUCUCUAUGUUUCGAUCGAGGUUGUAAAGGUCUUGCAAGCAACUUUCAUCAAUCAAGACCUGCACAUGUAUGAUAAUGAAAGUGGAGUCCCUGCACAAGCACGUACAUCGAAUUUGAACGAAGAGCUAGGACAGGUGCAUACCAUCCUUUCAGACAAGACAGGAACUUUGACAUGUAACCAGAUGGAUUUUCUGAAGUGCUCUAUUGCUGGUACUUCCUAUGGCGUGCGUUCCAGCGAAGUCGAACUUGCUGCUGCGAAGCAGAUGGCUAUUGACCUCGAAGAGCAGGGUGGAGAAAUAUCAAGUACUCCAAGGGCUCAAACUAAAGCGUACGAUUCAUGGGACAGCAGCCGGGGAAGACAAGAAAUUGAGAUGGAGAGUGGCAUAAAUCACGAAGGCGAUAAUAAUCCAAGAACUCCUAUAAAGGGGUUUAGUUUUGAGGACGUAAGACUCAUGAAUGGGAAUUGGUUUAGGGAACCGCAAGUAAGUGAUAUUUUGAUGUUCUUUCGGAUAUUAGCUAUUUGCCAUACGGCCAUUCCUGAGUUGCAUGAGGAGACUGGCAAGUAUACCUACGAAGCAGAGUCACCUGAUGAAGCUGCUUUUCUUGUUGCUGCAAGAGAGUUUGGUUUCGAGUUCUUCAAGAGAACCCAAUCGAGCGUUUUUGUUCACGAAAGGUACUCUUCUUCCGGGCAAACAAUCGAAAGGGAGUAUAAAGUUUUAAACUUGUUGGACUUUACUAGCAAAAGAAAGCGAAUGUCUGUGAUUGUACGUGACGAGGAUCAGCAGAUUCUUCUACUAUGCAAAGGAGCUGACAGCAUCAUCUUUGACCGGUUAGCGAAAAAUGGGCGGACAUACUUGACACCUACCGCUAAGCAUUUAAAUGAAUAUGGAGAAGCUGGGCUACGUACACUGGCACUUGCUUACAGAAAGAUCGAUGAGGAUGAAUAUUCAGCUUGGAACGCUGAGUUUCUUAAAGCCAAAACUUCAAUAGUUUCUGAUAGAGAUGCACUGCUUGAAAGGGUAUCCGAUACGAUCGAAAGAGAGCUCAUCCUUGUCGGUGCUACUGCUGUUGAGGACAAACUGCAGAAAGGAGUUCCACAAUGCAUAGAUAAGCUUGCUCAAGCGGGUCUCAAAUUAUGGGUUUUGACAGGGGACAAGAUGGAAACCGCCAUCAACAUCGGAUUCGCGUGUAGUUUACUCCGGCAAGGCAUGAAACAGAUCUGCAUAACAAGCAUGAAUUCAGAUGGAGGAUCCCAAGAUUCCAAUGGGGCCAUUAAGGAGAAUAUCUUGAAUCAAAUCACGAAUGCUUUACAAAUGGUCAAGCUGGAGAAGGAUCCACAUGCUGCCUUUGCUUUAAUCAUUGAUGGGAAAACUCUAACUUAUGCUUUGGAGGAUGAUAUGAAGUAUCAGUUCCUUGCAUUGGCAGUAGAUUGUGCAUCAGUCAUUUGCUGUCGUGUCUCUCCCAAGCAGAAGGCCUUGGUAACAAGGUUGGUAAAAGAGGGAACUCAGAAAACAACAUUAGCAAUCGGUGAUGGUGCAAAUGAUGUUGGAAUGAUUCAGGAAGCUGACAUUGGUGUAGGCAUUAGUGGGGUGGAAGGUAUGCAGGCUGUUAUGGCUAGUGAUUUUUCUAUUGCACAGUUCCGGUUUCUGGAAAGACUCCUCGUCGUCCAUGGACACUGGUGCUACAAAAGAAUCGCUCAAAUGAUUUGCUACUUCUUCUACAAAAACAUAGCAUUUGGUCUCACUCUCUUCUACUUUGAAGCAUUUACUGGAUUUUCUGGCCAAUCAGUAUAUAAUGACUACUACCUGUUACUCUUCAACGUUGUCCUUACCUCGCUGCCAGUGAUUGCGCUUGGAGUCUUUGAACAAGACGUUUCCUCCGAGAUCUGCUUGCAGUUUCCAGCAUUAUACCAACAAGGGACAAAAAACUUGUUCUUUGACUGGUAUCGAAUACUGGGGUGGAUGGGCAAUGGUGUUUAUUCCUCUCUUGUCAUAUUCUUCCUCAACAUUGGAAUUAUUUAUGAACAAGCUUUCAGAGCCGGUGGCCAGACAGCUGACAUGGAUGCUGUCGGUACAACCAUGUUUACUUGCAUCAUAUGGGCCGUGAACGUGCAAAUUGCUCUAACGAUGAGCCAUUUCACUUGGAUCCAACACGUCUUAAUCUGGGGAAGCAUCGGUUUGUGGUAUCUGUUCGUUGCUUUAUACGGGAUGAUGCCACCGAGUCUUUCUGGAAACAUCUAUAGGAUUCUUGCUGAAGUUCUUGCUCCUGCGCCCAUAUAUUGGUCAGCCACAUUGUUAGUCACAGUGGCAACUGUUCUUCCAUACUUCACUCACAUAUCUUUCCAGAGAUUCUUGAACCCAUUGGAUCAUCAUAUCAUUCAAGAGAUCAAAUACUACAAGAGAGAUGUCGAGGAUGCAAGAAUGUGGACCCGAGAACGCACAAAAGCACGGGAGAAAACAAAGAUCGGAUUCACAGCAAGGGUUGAUGCCAAAAUCAGGCAUUUGCGGUCGAAGCUCAAUAAGAAACAGUCGAAUAUGUCUCAUUUUUCAACUCAAGAUACAAUGUCCCCGAGAUCAUUGUAGCUUCCGGCAUCUGGAUUCUUCAGAAAUCUCUCUCAAGAGUGUUCUUGGAUACUUUUCUUCAGGCUCAUCCUCUAGCUGGUUUGGACACAGAUGUUCAUCAGAGACAGAGCUUGAUGCUGUUGUGUGUACACUUGAGGAAAAGAGAAAAAAAAAAGGAAAGGGAGUUAAGGGAGAGUUGCAGUGAGCGUGUAAGAGUGGUUGAUGUUUCUCUGUUGGGGUUUUGCUGAAAAUCUUUUUUUUUUUUUAACUUUCAGACUUUGUGUCAAUAACAUACUAUACAUAGGUUUUGUGAAUAGUUAGGACAAAAUGAAACAUAAUAUACAGCAUCAACAUCAAACAUUUUUAUGUCUCA